AUGUCUUCAAACCGUGAAGUAUCAAACGAGAAUGCGGGGGCCUCGACAGCAAGUACAGCCCUUGGCCGAUCACCAGGUCACGAGGUGGAACGACAGAGACCGCGAGAUGUACAGCGUCCGAUGCCCCAAGAAGCACAUGCACCGCAUUCGCCACCAUUCGCCUUUCCGCCCGAGGUUUGGGGAUUGAUUUUUUCCUUUCUCGCGCGCGACACGCCUGCGUCAUGGGUCUACGAGGAGAGCCGAAGGGUAGAUGCCAGCGAUCCUAGCCAGAUGCACAAGCGGUACGCCGAACUCGACGAUGUCCGGAAGUCGCAGCACGCACUCCUUAAUCUCUACCGCUGUUCAAGGGUGAUGCAUGAUCUGGUCGAGUCGUGGCUGUACGAGAGGGUCUUUAUCGCCAGAGGCCGGGACCUCAGCAGCCUGAUCACGCUGCUCAAGAGGAAGCCAGGCUUGAACAAGCACGUGCGGGCUCUGUAUAUCCUGGUGCAGGUCGAUCACAGCGACUUUAUGGAAGAAUGCUACUAUCACCUAAAAGAGCAGGAGCUUGGGAAAGGAGUGGUCGGAGCGAUCAGGCGGAGCGACUUGGCCGGUCCGCCCUGUGCUCCGGCACUGAUGGUCAACACGAGCUCUAAAUCUUUGUCGACGGCAGCUCAGCCAGCCACGACAGACACUCAGAAAAAGAAGCGACAGAAGAAGAAGGGCAAGCAUCGUGCGCAGGUACCUUCCAGGCCGGUAGCCACUCAAUCGUGGGAAGGCCGCCGAAGCCGUGACAGCACUUACGGUAUCCACCUGUUGGCCGAGCUUCUCGCCAGACUGGAAAUCACCACACUCUUUUGCUCUUGGCCUUGCAUUCAGAAGUUCGUAUUCGAUGUGCCAGAUACAUUUCCAUCCACUCGAAUCCCCCGCGCGCUGCAGCCCUACGUAUACAAUGACGAUGGGUACCCAAUACCACCCACCCAGUACGACCUCAGCAGAGAGCCUAUGCCAGUCAUGCUGGCGGCGAGAAGGACGCUGCGAAGAGUGAGACACGUCCGCCUCAGGGGCGAACUCUCCUGUUAUGCGGCACGCCCGGUCCCCUUGAUGGCCGCGAUCGACUUCUUCACAGAUAUAGUGUCGUUCGAGACGAGCAACUCCUCGCCGCUGGAGCCCUGGUCGCCAGUCUAUGGCAGAUUUGGGCCCUCCGGCAACUUGAAACACCUGCGCCUGCACCUGACGCGAAUCAAGGGCAUGAACCUGGCCAGGCUCAUCCAGGGCUGCCCCAUCCUGGAGAGCCUAUAUGUUGGACUGAAAUCUAUACAUGCGCCGUUCGGGCGUGGCUAUGGAUCAAGCACCGGCAGGGGCGGUUCGGCACUUGACGAUGCCCUGCGAGAGCGAGCUCGAACGUUACAGGAUUUAGUGAUCUUUGAUGAAUGGAUUGAUGAGUGGACAGAGGCCACAGAUCCCUCCUUGGGCUGGGGUCGACUGACCUGCCUACCUGAGCUAACACAUGUCGAACACCUUAUGCCAAUGGCUCUCGGGCGGAUGGCAAUAUCAAACGCAAGAGGAGAUGAGGGCACGACUGACGAGAAGCGAGCUUCAGCCAGGGAAUAA